GACAAAGAACUUUUACAUAAAUAUGGUUGCGCCAAAUUUGACAUAACUCCACCAGAGAAGAAGAAGAAGAGAGAAAAGAAAGAAAAGAAAGUAGAAGAAAAGAAAGUAGAAGAAGAGAAGAAAGAACCAGAGCCAGUUCCAGAGAAAAAGAAAUUUGACAUGUAA